GGCGUCGCCAUUCGCCUCUCUCUGGUGGCGGUGUGUCGCGAACUAAACGGCAGCGACUCUCUAGCCUUCCCGGCGGCCUCGGUACUCUGUGGUGCGCGGCGAGCUUUAAUGGCGGCCACUAGUACCACGGCUCUGGUGGGGGGCACUCGGGAGUCGGGUUCCGGGGUGGCGGCACAAGGGCGGAAGAAAGCCUACGGCAAGGGUGAUCCUCAUAGAAACUACUAAAGACUACAAAGAAUUGAUUCUAGGCAAAGUAACAGUGAAAUAGAUUAUACUGAUCAAGUAAGAUGGAUCCAUGUUCAGUUGGAAUUCAACUCCAUACUGCUAAUGAAUGUCAUAAGAUAUACUAUACCCGUCACGCUGGCUUCAAGACUAAGCAAGAUCUAUCUUCAUCCGAUCUGCUACUACUUCAGCUUAGGACUGGAAUGACUCUUUCUGAGAACAAUACAAUCUGCUUCCAUCAUGCAAAAAUUUACAUUGACAGAUUUGAAGAUCUGCAAAAAUCAUGUUGUGACCCAUUUAACAUACACAGGAAAGUAUCAAAGAAAAACUUACGUGCAAUCGACUUAGAUGAUGCAGCUUUUCUAAGUGCCAAGUUUGGAAGACAGUUUGUACCUGGUUGGAAGCUUUGUCCAAAGUGUACACAGAUAAUCAAUGGAAGUGUGGAUGUUGACACUGAAGAUCGCCAAAGAAGGAAACUUGAUUCAGACGGGCGAACAGCUAAAGCUUUGAAGUCCUUGCAGUUUGCUAAUCCAGGACGACAGACUGAAUUUGCUCCAGAAAGCAGUAAAAGGGAAAAGAGAAGGCUACAAACAAAAAGCACAUCAGUUAAUUCUGACAGGCAAGUAAUCCCAGCAAAGAGUAAAGUCUAUGAUAGCCAGGGACUUCUGCUUUAUAGUGGGAUGGACCUCUGUGACUGUCUUGAUGAAGAUUGCCUGGGAUGCUUCUAUGCUUGUCCCAAGUGUGGUUCCAACAAAUGUGGAGCUGAAUGCCGCUGUGAUCGCAAGUGGUUAUAUGAACAAAUUGAGAUAGAAGGAGGAGAAAUUAUUCGCAAUAAGCAUGUGGGUUAAUUUAUAAGUUUUUGUGUUGCAUUCCAAUACAGAAUUUGAUGGUCUGAUGAAAAUCAGUGGAACCUAUCAUAACGCACAUGAACAGUCUGUUCAGUCUUACAAAAUUCAUUGUUUGAUAUGGUUUUAGAAAGGUUGUUACUCAUACUAAUUGUGUAUUGUCACACUUCAUUCCACCUUGUACUCAUCCAUACAAACCAGCAAAAAAGGCUGGAACAAUGCAGUGCUUGACUGUUCAGUGAGAGUUUGAAACUGAGUGGCUGGUUAAGUGCUAAAA